AUGCCUGGAAAGACAUCUAUAGCUAUCGCCCAGGCCAGACUACCUUUGAAAGAGACGACCGGACAUACGGCAAAGCAGUCAAUGGUCGAGAUUGUAAAAUGGUACAACUGGAUGAGUUUCGACAUCAUCGGAGAUCUGGCCUUUGGGCAAUCAUUCGAUUGUUUGAAGAUGCAAAGCUACCAUCCCUGGGUAGAGAUAAUCUUCGGCAAUCUCAAAGGUAUUGCUGUCAUGGGGGCUUGCAACCGCACCGCUAUUGUACGGCACCUGCUGCCCUAUCUCAUUCCCAAGCGCCUUGUUCAGAUGAAGGAAGACCAUCGGGCAGCCACAGUCCAGACCGUCAGUCGUCGUAUGGCGCUCGAUACCGAUGGCCCAGAUUUCUUGGCACCCAAUAUCAAGCACAACAAUGAAAAGAAAGGUGGCCUAAACGCGCCCUGA